CCUCCUACAAAACAACCCGACGCCAACCAUGCGACAAGUAGAAGAUAACUAUGAUGCAACCAUCUGUAGAUGUACAGGCUACAGAUCUAUCCUCGACGCCAUGAAAUCUUUUGCCUCUGAUGCUCCACCACAUUUGAAGAAAAAUGGAGGAGUCAUUGAUAUUGAGGAGCUGGACGGCAAGCUAUGCAAGAAGACAGGACAGGCUUGUGUUGGACACUGCGCCGGCCAUACUAAGAAGGGCAAAUCUGGCACAUGUGAGAACAGUAUGCCCAAACGGCUGCACAUUGUGACGGACCAGGCCCAGUGGUUCAAACCUUUGACUCUGGCAGAGCUCUACCCUCUGCUGAAACAGUACGCUGCUCAAAACUACAGCUUGGUAUUUGGAAACUCAGGCUUUGGAAUCUUUGGUGAAGUUGGACCGUGGAAUUACAGCAUCCUCAUCGACAUCAGAGGGAUCCAAGAGCUGUACACAGUUGACCUAACCCCAAGUGAUCACAUCACAUUUGGGGCCAAUGUAAACUUGACAACUCUGAAGGAAGUCUUUGAACAAACCAAAGAUCCUGGCUUGCUGCCUUAUGCUCCAACUUUCGUGGCACACCUCGGGCGCACCGCAUCUUCUAGUCUAAGAAACCUGGUCUCCUGGGCCGGAAACCUUGCACUGAAGAACCGUCAUCAUGAUUUCGCGUCUGAUGUCUUUACCAUGCUGGAGACUGUUGGUACAAAAGUCACUGUCGCCGACAGCAAUGGAUCCAGCCAGACAUAUACACUGUUGGAUUUCCUGAAUGUAGACUUGAAGGGAAAGGUGAUCGUGUCUAUGACGUUACCCAAGUACAACACUCCAGGACUUAUCAUCAGGACAAUAAAAACAGCCCACAGGUUUCAGUUGUGUCACGCCCACGUGACCUCUGGCUUCAACUUUCAAGUGGAUCCAAGCAACAACUAUCUGGUCAAGGCAAAACCCACCGUUGUCAUUCAAGGCAUCAACGGUGAUUUGAUUCACGCAGUGCAGACUGAAGCCUUUCUCACCAACAAGAACUUAGGAGACCCUGCAGUGCUGCAAAGUGCCCUUAAUAUCCUGUCCGGCGAGGUGGUUCCGUCUGUUAGUCCAAUUCUGUCCAGCCCAACAUAUCGCAAAUCUUUGGCCCUUGGCCAUUUCUACGAGUUCGUCCUGGGUUUGUGCAAGAACAAUUGUUCUUCCCGCUUUGCCAGUGGAGGACUCGACCUCGUGAGGCCAGUGAUGACAGGCAGCCAGGACCAUGGCACAGACAAUCCGUCAGUGUACCCGGCCACCAAGUCUAUGAUGAAGCUAACGGCCAACAACUUGACGACAGGAGAGAUCAAGUUCGUAGCUGAUCUCCCUCCCAGGGAAGGUCAACUUUACGCUGCUCCUGUGCUCAGUACACAAGGCAAUGCCAAGAUACAGAGCAUAGACGCGUCACUUGCUUUGCAAAUCCCCGGUGUAGUGAAGUUUAUCCAAGCAUCGGACAUUCCCGGUGUCAACGACUGGAGGCCCCAUGACAUUUAUCCAGAAAAUACCAAACAAGAGUUGCUGAGCUCUGGCCCAAUAUUGUAUGCUGGACAACCCAUUGGCAUUCUUGUGGCAG